AUGUCGCGUAUUAGUGCAUUUAGGCCGCAUAAAUUCUACAUGAUCUCUGGGAAAAGAAGUAACAAAUCAUGCCUCAGAAUCAACGAUUUUCCGAGGAGGCCCAAUAAAAAGGCUGAAGAGUCGAAUAUUCCAGUCGAACUUCUGCAAAACAUCCUCACGCGCCUAAGCCUGGUAGACAACCUCCAGGCGUCCGGCGUCUGCCAUAGAUGGAUGGCUGUGGCAAAGUCCAUCCGAGUAUCCAACAAACACCCUUGGAUCAUGUAUCACUCGUGGAUGAGUAAAAAAAACGAGUUCUACGACCCGCAUGAGCGCAAGUCGCAUUACCUACGGCUGUCCGGGAUAAAGUACAGACUCAUCUGUUACAGCAACAACAGUUGGUUGUUGCUCUACAGCCAUAUACGCCUUUCGCUUACACUCUACAUCCCGUACACUCAGAAGUGCGGGGAUGCCUCAUGGACCGUCAACCAUUUCGAGAACCUGGAACCGUUCGUCAGCAGCAAUCCAAAUCAAUGGACUUUUUGCAACGGACGCUUCUACUGUCUUAGCCAAAGCGGCCAAUUGGAAUGUUACGAUCCCGAUAAUAGUGCCUGCUCCGUCGUCCCCGUCGAACGACAUGAGUGCAUAAGGGCGAACCCGCUUGACAUAGGCGAGCGGGUGAUGUACAUGGCAGAGCAUGCCGGGGAUAUUUAUUUGACAUACGCUUGCCCGUUUCUUAACCCUUUUGUACAUAUGCUCAACACUCUGCAAACGAGUGGGUGGGAGAUCGAAGACCUCGGCGGCCUCACCAUUUUUGCUAACUAUAUUAGCUCAUUUGUUCGGACAGAUAUGAUAGGCUUCAAAGCCUUGGCGCGCACCGGAAUCAACUCCGACACCUUGAGUACAAAUUCAGUUGUUCUAGAACCCUUGUCAGCGUCAAUAGCUGCAGCAGUGUCUGAGUGCCGGCACGUCCGUGUUAGGUUUUUGGAGGAGCCACUGGAAUCAUGGGUCGAAAGAGGCAGCGGAAAGCGAAACCGGAAAGUGCCAAAAUGUUCGUAA